GCUCUGUGGCACGCUCACUGCGGGCGGAACCUGCUGAUCGACGAGGUCUCUGCCAGCAGGACUCUGAGUAUUUUUGCUUUUCCCCACAGGCGUUGUCUGCUGCAGACUUGAGCAGCGCUGCUCAAGCCAUGGAGGGAGUGUGUGCUGCAGUUUGCACAGCUUUUUCCGUGGCUUAUUCUGGGUACUUUCUCACCCACCUGGCACGUCACAUCAGCCAUGCCUGGAGAGAAUCCGGUCUUUGGAGCCCAACACCAACCUCGGAGGCUCCUCUGGCUAUGUGUCUUCCUGCAGAAGAGGCCAAAGGGGAGGAAGAUGCUCCCCAAACUGCACCUGCUGCCACUGCAGGGCCUGAGCAUCCAGCAUCAGUAAGUGGCAGCUCUGGGUAGUGCUGUGGCUGGAGCAAGGCAUAGCUGCAAGUUUCUGAUCAGACAGCACUUCCCAUGCCUGGCUGAAGAUGCUGAGGGCUGGAAUCUUUUCCAGCCCUUCCCCCAGUCAGUUAGGCUUGGAAAAGGGGAGUGGAACUUGGAUUGUUCAGACAUCUGAACAGUAGGCAGUAGGCACCUUCCUACUGUUCUGAAAGGGGCUGUGAAUUUGUCUUAGCAAGAGACAAGAGGUAGCAUUAGGAUGUCUUUGGAUGCUCCUGGGGUACAAGUGAGGCCCUUGGUGGCCAGUGGCUGUGCAGGCUCCCUGUCCCCUGUGAGGAGAGCAGUGCAAAGAUGCAGUUCAAAAGCUUGCAGGAUAUGAGGUGGCACUGUCCCCAGGAGGGACCUGGCCCUCCCCACAGAGCAGCUGUCAGUAGCUAAAGGAAGAGCUGAGCUGCAGCAGGGCCUGUAGCUGAAUAUAGGUAAGGUUGUGAAUGACAGGUUCUUUCCUGUCCCUCGUGCUGCUGUCUGUCCACAGAGCACAAGGGCAGCGUCAGCACCUGCUCUGGCUGCCUCUGUACCCGAGGAAGAGGCUGAAGAGGAGGAAGGUGCCAAUGAACCUGGCCCUGCUGUCAGCCCAGGGCUGGAGCAAACAACACCAGUAAGUGCCCACUUUGGGUAGCAGCGUCUUUGGUGUCAUUUUGUCCGUCAUGUAAAAGCAGCCUUGGGAUUUUGUGCCUUGAGCUGUUGAAGCAAGCUGCACAAGCUGGGAGGUGAAGAGCCCUGGGUGUGGCCAGCAGCAUCUUCCUAGGGGUGUGCAUUUGAAAUGAGAUGGGAGGGGCAUCUCUGCCAGGCACAUUUGUGACCCAAAUUCAUUUCUUGUCCCAGAGCUCCACCUCCUCUGUCCUGGCAGCUGCAGGAGCUGCAGCUGAAGGCUGGGAAGAAGGCUCCAGUGCCCAGGCUGGAAGCUCAAGCACGAGCAGCUCGUGCACCUGGAGCACGACUAGCUCCUCUGGCAGCAGAGAGCAGCAGCGAGAGAGCACAGAGGACAAGUGCCUGGCCGUGCUGAAGAUGCUGGUGAGCAAGGGAGAUCCUGAGGCGAAAUACACAGAAGUGGAAACUCUUGGCAAAGGGGGUUUCGGCACCGUGUGCAUGGCAGUGGAGUCUGCCACAGGAGAAGAGGUGGCCAUCAAGAAAAUUAGUCUCCUGCAAGAGAGCAGCAGUGAGCUGUGCCUGAAUGAAAUCCAGGUCAUGCGUGGCACUAAGAAUGCCAACCUUGUGAACUAUGUAGACAGCUACCUGGUGGACGAGGAACUCUGGCUCGUGAUGGAAUACAUGGACGGAGGUUCUUUACAUGAUGUCAUCAGGGAGACUCACAUGGCAGAAGGAGAGAUAGCAGCUGUCUCUCGGGAGUGCCUGCAAGGCCUGGAUUUCCUGCACUCCAAUCAAGUGAUCCACCGCGAUAUCAAAAGCCACAACAUUCUCCUGGGCUUGGAUGGAUCUGUCAAGUUGGCUGAUUUUGGCCUUGCUGCUCAGCUCACUGCUGAGCAGAGCAAACGGAGAUCAGCUGUUGGGACUACUUACUGGAUGGCGCCAGAAAUUUUCACCAGGAAGCCCUAUGGCCCCAAAGUGGACAUCUGGUCCUUUGGAAUUGUGGGGAUCGAGAUGGUGGAAGGAGCGCCUCCGUACCUGAUGAAAACCUCCCGCACGGUACGCUGCAGCUGCUCUCAGAUACUGCUGUCACCCUGACAAAAUCUGCUCCCAUCCUUCUGCCUGGGAAGCUUGCCAACACCUGAAAAUGAUAGGUUCCAGGCUGCACAGUCUCUUGUGCUUCUUGGCCAGAUCAUCCCCUUGCCAUUUUUGUGCAUGAACAACACCAAAAAAUCGUGAUGCCUUUUGCUUGGCAGAAGCUUUGCCUCAGGGAGCAGGGAGCAGUGCUGAGCUGCAUUUUGUGGAAUAAUCCUUGGAAAUAGUAGAAUGAGAUGGAAGUCCUUCUUUUAAAAUGCCUGAAGAGGUGGUGUCAGUGCUCAGAGAAGCAAAGUGUGCUGUUGCUGAUGGAGCUGCUGCUAAUUCCAGCAGCCAGUGAAAUCAGGGGUCAAGGCAAGAGCCUUUGCAUACUGGACUGGCUAUGGCUGCCUCUGGCUUUGGGUUGUUUUAGUAGGGCUAGGAAAGGCAUCUGGCACCCUGUGGCAGGGAGUAAAGUGCCACUGGAGAGUGGAGCUUGUCCAGUGGGGUCUGUGUGAGCAGUUUGGGGUGCGAAGGAGACAGGUAGAGUGUGGCAUUUCCUUCUUCUCUAGGUUCAACAGCUGAUAAGCA